GGCAGAAACUAGCAACUGUCGUGUGUAGUGCCAUGGCAUUAACUGUGUUAACUUCAAUCAACACAACUCAUCAUAGCACUUUCAUGUUUCUUCCGAAACAACAAAAUCAGAACCUUAGAAUUCACAGGUUGCGAUGCAGUGGAACUAACCCCAAUGAAGAGUCACAACAACAACAACAACCACAGAACAAUGCCCUCCUCAAACUUGCAUGGUAUAGUUCUGAGCUUCUUGGUAUUGCAGCCUCUGUUUUCCGUUCACCAACUACUGAGGAACCUCCUCCUCAGCGGCUUCUUCAGACCAUUCAUCGUGCUGCACUUGUGGACACCAUUAAAGAAGACUUCCAAAGAUCCUAUUUUGUCACAGGAGAUCUUACACUAAAUGCUUAUGAAGAGGAUUGCGAAUUUGCGGAUCCAGCAGGGUCAUUUAAAGGGCUUCAGCGUUUCAAAAGGAACUGCACUAAUUUUGGAUCUCUUCUGGAGAUGUCAAACAUGAAGCUUAUGAAGUGGGAAGAUUUUGAAGAUAAGGGAAUUGGUCACUGGCGAUUCAGCUGUAUAUUGUCCUUUCCUUGGAGGCCUAUUCUUUCUGCAACUGGAUACACAGAAUACUAUUUUGAUGCACAAUCUGGAAAAGUGUGCAGGCAUGUGGAGCACUGGAAUGUUCCCAAAAAGGCAUUGUUCAAGCAAAUUCUAAAGCCUAGCCGUGGAUUUGGCUUAAAAGAUUAUGUGAAUAGGUGGCUAAAAAUGGUGCAGAUGAAGCUUUAAAUUACAAUAGUUCUGUAUAUUGCUGUGAAAUAUUGGAUUCUUUAUGUAACCUCAUGAAGGUCUCUAGCUGCAAAUACUUAGAAGAAUUAAGGAUAAAUUUGGAUAGAAACGAUAAACAAAUAGAACAGACGUAACUUACAACAUUUUUCCUUUUAUAUUUUUGUCCAUACAUAAUAAUACCUUUAAUACCGUA